AACAAUAACAAGACAGUAGAGAAUUAUGGCACGCGCCGAUAGUGGCAGUCACUAAUAAAAACAUUCUUAUUCUGACAUUGUUGACAGUUACGCAUGCGCAGUUUUAACGACAAAUAAGGACGGUCACUAAUAAAAUAAAACCCUUCCUUAUUUGUGACAAGAUAGUGAAAGGCAGUAUUUUGUCACUAUUCAUGUCGUUAUUUUAGGCGCAUGCGCAACAAAUUUUUAUACAGAUCUGUGGGUGCUCUUUCGUUUAUGAUCUUAAGAUCAUAACCUGUAGAGCGUCGCGUCGUGUCAGAACGUGUGUUACUUUUUGCCUUUUGCUGUGCCUUUGCUUUUGCCUUUUGCGUUUUGCCUUUUGCCUUUUGCCUUUUUAAUAAUGAAUAGCUGUAAUAAGUCUACUAGGUUGCGAUUCACCUACGAAGACGACCUAGUAUUAUUGCGGGAGUUUUUAAAUGUCAACCCCAUAAUAAAUCUACAAGGAUGGGAAAUUAUUCAAUCGAAUGUGGCCAUCACAACGGGCAAAAAUUAUUUAAUAAAAACGCUGAAACAGCACGUACAACGCCUUAUUGAAUUGUUCUUAAAUAAAAUUAAAGUUGACGAAAUUAGAUCGGGAAUUGAGGAACCCCCCUGUGAAAAAAAUAUGUUGCUCCAGGAGGUAAGUUCCCUUGUACAGGAACAUAAAUAUGAUUUUAGAAAAAAGAGAUCCACAUCAUCGUCCUCAUCUAAGGAUCACAUGAUCAUGGAAAUGGGGAAGAAAGCAAGAGAAGCCUGUGCCCAAACAUUUGGAGAGAUAGAAGAAGGAUUGGUGGAAGAGGAAGUUAUUAAUGAGGUUCCAACACCAAUGGCUGUAGAUGAGCACUGCUAUUUUAUUCACGAAGAGGCACCUCAAGAAGAGAUUAUAGUGGAAGAAAUAACUGAGCCUACAGUUCCUCCCACCCCUAGCACUUCCAAGGAAAGUAAACCAACUCCUGCUAGUAGAAAAAAAAUCUUAGGUCAAACUAGAAAAAAAGAGCCCUUGAGAAAAAAUGCCCUGCUAUAUCUACAAGAGAAAAAUGAGAGGGAAAAUAAUAUUAAAAUUAAAGAACUCGAGUUGGAGGAGAGAAAGAUUUUAAUUGAACAGGAAAAACUUUCUCUAAAACGAGAAGAAAUGCGGUUACGAGAAAAAGAGUUGGAACUACACCACAAAGAGGUGAUGGCUAAGUUAGAGGCUGAAAAAAAUCGUGGCGACCUAGACAUUGCAGAAAGAAAAUUGUCAAUACAAUUGAUGCAAUCACAACAAAAGUUGAUUGACCAAUUGCUCCACAAGGAAUAAAAUGUUUUUUUCUACAUAGAUUUUAUUUUUUUCAGUCGCUUUUUUUUUAGUUAUUAGUGUUUAGUUUUUUUUUAGUUCAUUUAAAUUAGUUAUAGGUAUGUUAGUUAAGUAAAAUGUAGUUGUAAAAAUAAAAAAUUGUUAUAGAAAA